AUGGGGAAGCAGAACAGCAAACUGGCUCCUGAAGUGAUGGAAGAUCUGGUGAAGAGCACGGAAUUUAAUGAACAUGAACUCAAGCAGUGGUACAAAGGAUUUCUAAAAGAUUGCCCUAGUGGAAGACUGAACUUAGAUGAAUUUCAGCAACUUUAUGUUAAGUUUUUCCCCUAUGGAGAUGCUUCCAAGUUUGCCCAACAUGCUUUCAGAACCUUUGAUAAGAAUGGCGAUGGCACCAUUGACUUCAGAGAGUUCAUCUGCGCCCUCUCCAUCACUUCGAGGGGUAGCUUUGAACAGAAAUUAAACUGGGCCUUCAAUAUGUACGACUUAGAUGGAGAUGGGAAAAUCACCAGGGUGGAGAUGCUGGAAAUUAUAGAGGUAAGCCAGCUUCCGGUAAAUGACAACAUUGAAAAUGUCAUUUAUUGUCCUAAACAUCAGGCCAAAAGAACCAUAGUCAAGUGGACACAGGCAUCUACAAAUGGUUCAGUGGCUUCCUGUGAAAUCCAAGGUGCUCAGUUCCAAGAUCUUGGCGGUUCAAGUCCUGACACCUCCAGGUGA